AUGGGCCUCCUGGGACGCAUCCGUGCAUUCCAGAUUGCAAGUGCUCUACACAUCGUUGGAGCGGCCAUCCAGACGGGAAGCGUGAAUCAGGCAAUGUUCCUGGUAGGUAGAGGUAUCACAGGCCUUGCAGCAGGGUCGACAAUAGUCAUCGGCCCUGUCUACUUUUCCGAGGUGGCUCCGCCAUCGUCUCGUGGCUCCAUGGCAGGAAUGCAUGGCGCGGGUAUAAAUACUGGAUACAUGUUAGCUGCUUGGGUCGGCUUUGGCUCCUCCUAUGCGAACCCCACGACGACCUUCGGAUUCCGAUUUCCCCUGGCCAUUCCGAUCCUCAUAGCCCUGAUUAUCUUGGGUGCAACGUUAUGGAUGCCAGAGAGUCCUAGGCACCUGGUCGACAAAGGCCGCAGUUCUGAAGCUCUUGCAAUCCUCACCUCCCUUCACGGUCACGGCAACCAUGAGUUUGCGCAGCGAGAGCUGAGAGAGAUCGAACUGCAGGUUUCCGAAGAGAAGGCUGCGUUCAAGGAAAAGUCGGCCUUCAUGAUCCUUUUCACGCAGAUGACAUACCUCAAACGCGUGGCUCUGGGCAUUCUGGUUUGUUCAGGAGUUAUUAAUACGGGCGUGCUUGUCAUCAAUAAUUACGCUGUCAUCAUUUACAGCUCGCUCGGGCUUUCAACUACAGUGUCCCUUCUUCUCUCUGCCGUGUGGUUGACACUUGCCGCCUUCUGGAACUGGCUCGGCGCCUUCCUCUCUGACAGAGUAGGACGAAGACGGAUUCUGCUUAUCGGAAAUAUUGGGACAACCGCGAUGUUGAUCAUUUUCACUGGCCUGUAUGCCAAAUUUCAGGAAACUGGCGAAAGGAAAUAUGCAACCGCCUGUCUGGUCUUCAACUUCGCAUUCGAGUUAUUCUUCGGCGCGGGCGUCGAUCCGCAUGUCUACACUGUCGCUGCAGAGAUCUUCCCCGUCCAUCUUCGGGCCAAAGGUGAAAGCAUCGCACUUGCAGGCUACUAUAUCUACAGCAUCAUUUGGACGGAGGCAGCACCACCUGCAUUUAGCAGCAUUGGAUGGAAAUUUUAUCUCGUUUUUAUUUGCAUCCAAUUUCUACAGAUUACACUGAUCUAUCUCUAUCUACCAGAAACUGCCAAUGUCCCGCUUGAAGAAAUUGACGAGGUUUUUGGCGGUCAAGUCAAAGUCCAUCUCAAUGACGCGGAUCUGAUCAUGGAACCUACGUCAGAAGAGGUAGAGGUGAAAGAAGCACAAGCCGCUAUCAAGGAGUGA